AUGUCUACUCUUGACGAUAUACAAUUUGUUACUUUUGAUCUUGAUAAGUUCCCAAAACUUGAUGAUCCCAAAACUGGUCCUUCUCCAUACUGGGAUAAGACAACUGAAGGCCCCUCUUACAUUAAGCCUGAGGAUAGACAGAAGCCACUUGUUCCUUCUGGAAAACUUGAUGAAAAGUAUUCUAAAGAUUCAAUUGAGUUGACUCCUCUUUUAGGUACUACAUAUGACAACUCUGUUAGACUUACAGAUGUCUUGAAAGAUGAUGACUUGAUCCGCGAUUUGGCAAUCAAAAUUUCCCAACGUGGUGUUGUUGUUUUCAAGAAACAAGAUGAUCUUACUGUUGAGCAGCAAAAAGAGCUUAUCCAAAAGCUUGGUUUACUUUCUGGCAAGCCCAAGGGCAAUGGUCUGCAUAUUCAUCCGGUGGCUCCUGCUGGCGGUGUUAUUGGCAAAGAUGGCCUAAUUGAUCCUGAAGUUUCAUUUAUUGCCUCCGUUGUUGAUUCUGCUGGUGAAGUAUAUGAAAAAAAUACUCCUACUGCUUAUACAUGGCAUUCCGACAUUACUUUUGAACCCGCUGGUGCCGAUUAUUCUUCUCUGAGACUACUUGAACUUCCUCCUAAUGGUGGUGACACUUUUUGGGCUAACGGAUACGCUCUUUACGAAAAGCUUUCUCCUUCCCUUAGAGAUUAUUUGUCAACUUUGACUGGAACAUACACACAGCCCCGUUUUGAAAAAUUUAGUGGAAAAAAUAGUAUUGAUCUUUAUAGCCAGGAACGCGGUGCUCCUGAAAACAUUGGCGAUCAUCUCAUCGCGGUUCACCCUAUUGUCCGCACUAAUCCUGUUACAGGUUGGAAAUCUCUUUUCGCAGUGGGCGCCCAUUUUGCCAAGAUUAAUGAGGUUAAUCCUCUUGAGUCUAAGGCCCUCAAGGAGUAUAUUUGGAAUACUCUUGUUCAAUCUCACGAUAUUCAAGUUAGACACAAGUGGGACAAAUAUGAUAUUGCCAUUUGGGACAAUAGAUCGACUUACCAUGCCAUUAACAAGGAUGUGACAUUUUACGAUAAUUUUGUCAGAAAGGGUAUCAGAACUGUUGGUAUUGCUGAGCGUCCUUACUUGGAUCCUAAUAGCAUUACUCAGACUGAAGCUCUCAAAUCAAAGAAAGAUGAAAAAAAUAUUAAGACUGAAGAAAAGACUGAAGAAAAGACUGAAGAAAAGUAA